CUUUACAAACAAGUAAACAAUGAUAUAGUUUCCAUUUUUAUUGAUCUGCUAACCAAACCUAAUUUUCUUUAUGCGAUGACGGCUCAGGAUCAUGUUCUACUCGUUAUUGGAGAAUGGGUGAAGGUGGAUUCAUUUAUCUGGAACUUUGAACCUACAACGGUGGAGGGGAACCGGUUCCUUCGCCUGCGGGACUCCAUGACAUACAAAGAGCUUGCAAGCAAAGUUAAAGAGAAGCUGGGACUCCGAGCACAUGACGUCGUUAUAAAAAUGUCAUACCAGUACCCGUCAUGGAUGGAAAUAGACGAAGGCAACGGAUCCUCGCCACAGUACAUAUGUGAAGAUAAGGAUGUUGAAGUUUUCAUCAGAAUGAGGCGUUUCAUUGAAGAGGUUAACCUGUGUGUCACUGUGGUGAAGAAAAUAACAUCCCAAGAGGCUCAGCCAAAGAGGAGGGAGAAGCACUGGCUGCAUUACGUUUCACCAAACAGUGAUGGAGACUCUUCAGAGGAUGAAUAUGAUGCCGACUGGCAUGAUUUUGCACUUAGCGAACACACAACAUCACCACAAGAAGGACCUAUUGUUGAAGGUGAGACAAUUAGAUUAUGCUCUGUCCCAACAACUGCAGGAGGCAUAACUAUCCGAGAAACAGAACCUACAAUUCGCCCUGCUGGUCCUGCUUGUAAACCUGGUGAUAAAGGCAAAGGAGUACUGCAGGAGGCUCCAAAUCCUACAGAAGUUGAUAGUGAUGACGAGCAGGAGAAUCAAAUUGUUCUAUUUUCACAGCCAGAUAUACCCUCCAGAGUUGAAUGUAGCCAAGCAAGGGUGAAUGACACUAUCAAUUCGUCACGGGUAGCUGUACGAAGCCCUGUUUCAGAUUCUGAAUCAACUGGGAGCAUUGACGGUGAUGGAAAUGGAGCAGAACAUGUUCCAUGUGUGAUGUGGGGACGAGUUCAAGAGGCAUUGAACAAGAUGCUACUAGACAAGAGUGAUGAUCCGGCCUUGUUCUGUCGCGAUGCACCUCCUGUCUUUAAUGAUGGAAAAGGUGCAGAUGUUGAAACUGCUUUGGCGGAUAUAAACUAUGAAGGAGACAAGCUGUUUGUCGGACGUGUGUUUAAGUCAAAAGCGGAUUGCAAGCUGAAGAUUGCUAUUCACGCAAUCAACAGGAAGUUCCAUUUUCGCACCAGUAGGUCAACUCCUAAGUUCAUGGUCUUGAAGUGUAUUUCAAAAACCUGCCCAUGGCGGGUUUAUGCAGCAAAAGUGGAUGCAUCUGAGAACUUCCAAAUCCGUCAAGCCAAACUGACGCACACAUGCACGGUUGAUGAGAGGCGUAGCUACCACAGGUUAGCUACAACACAGGUUAUAGGUGAGAUUAUGCAAUCUCGAUUUGUGAAUAUCAAAAGAGGUCCCAAUGCUGCCGUCAUUCGCAAGUUUCUGCUAGAUGAUUUCCACAUCAACAUUUCUUAUUGGAAAGCAUGGCGUGCAAGGGAGAUUGCAAUGGAAAAGUCUAUGGGUUCUAUGGCUGGAAGUUAUGCUCUGUUACCGGCAUACAUCGCUUUGCUUCAGCAAACUAAUCCUGGAUCACUUUGUUUUUCGGCCCAUUCUGAUGAUCCAAAAGACCGCCAUUCUAGCAUUUACAGCGGUUUAAGGAAGGUUUACACGGACGCGAAUCAUGCUGCCUGUACUGUUCAUCUGUUGAGGAAUGUAAAGCACUUGUACAAGCUCCAAACCCUAGCUGGUUUAAUGUCAGCUGCAGCCAGAGCCUAUGUAGUUGAUGACUUCAACAAAAAUUUCCUCCAAAUUCAAAAGCUAAGCCCAGGAUGUGCUGCAUAUCUUGUUGACAUAGGAUUCUCUCAUUGGACAAGGGUCCAUUCUAUGGGAAAGCGGUACAACAUAAUAGACAGCAACAUCGCCGAAUCCUGGAAUAGUGUACUGAAAGAAGCUAGAGACUAUCCAUUGAUAUGCAUGCUUGAAUACAUUCGUACAACUCUUAUGGAUUGGUUCGCUUUCCGUAGAGCCAGGGCUGCACGGUCACAAACCACCUUAGCUCCCAAAGUUCGCAGCUUAGUAGAAGCUAAUUUUGAGCUGGCAAUGGCCAUGUCAAGCCUUAGCAUUCCAUGUGCCCAUGUGAUAGCAGCAGCAACAAGCAUUGGAAUGAGCGUGGAUAACUUUGUAGCACCGGCAUACUUUGAACACACGCUUCGACUUUCUUAUGCCGAGAAGAUUUAUCCUAUUCCAUCUGUCGGGGGACCCGAUAAUGCGUCUGGUACUGUAGGGGAUCUUAAUCCUCCUUUUGUGCGACGUCCACCGGGCAGGCCUAAGAAGAUUCGGAUCAAAUCUAAGGGGGAAUUCAAGCGCCCUCGUCAACAGUCUAACAGGAGGUGUUCCCGUUGUUGUCGCCCAUGCCACAACAAGGCUUCCUGUAAAAAUGCUAUAUAAGCAUUAGCAACAACCAUGGGUUUUAAUGAAGGUGUUCCAAAGAAGGUUUUUGGAGUGGGCAAAAUAAUGGUUACCGCAUCAAGUAUAGAUGCGAUGAUGUAUAUAUGCAGUGGCUGUAUAGUCCAAAGCUAUCACAAAAUACUCUGGUAUAUCCUGUCAUAGUAUAUACCAUAGUAUUUUGGAUGAUACGCUUAUCUAUCUAUCUCUAUGCAGUGUUGUAAAUAAGGUUGUGAUGCCCAAGAACACCAUGUUUUGAAGAUUGUAAUAUAUUAUAAACCCAGAAAUGGUUU